AGAUAUCGAAACAUUAUGGAUAUGAAUGCUGGGUUGGGUAGUUUUGCUGCAGCUAUUCAAUCUCCUAAGUUAUGGGUCAUGAACGUUGUGCCUACCACAGCUGAGAAAAGUACCCUGGGGGUCAUAUAUGAGCGCGGCUUGAUUGGCAUUUAUCAUGAUUGGUGUGAAGCCUUUUCAACAUAUCCAACGACAUAUGAUCUCAUUCAUGCCAAUGGCCUCUUUAGUCUGUACAAGGAUAAAUGUAAUGCAGAAGACAUUCUUCUGGAGAUGAACCGGAUCUUGCGGCCAGAAGGCGCCGUCAUAUUCCGCGAUAAAGUCGAUACCUUAAUAAAGGUAAAGAAAAUAGUUGCAGGAAUGAGAUGGGAUACCAAAAUGGUUGACCAUGAAGAUGGUCCUCUUGUUCCUGAGAAGAUACUAAUUGCUGUAAAGCAGUAUUGGGUUGUUGAUGGAAAUUCCACUUCUACACAAUAAUCACUGAAGACCAAGUUAAAUUACAAGCGUGCCCUUAAGCUUCCAGCACCUUUCUGUUUGAACUGAAGCCUUUGACAGUGGCUUUGUUAUGA